AUGCUUCCGAAGCGACGGCGAGCGCGAGCGGGGUCCCCACACAGCACCAUUGCCUUCUCCGCGCCGCCUAAGGCGCUCUUCCCGAGUGUGGCCAUCUACCUGGCCGAGCCGCGCAUGGGCCGCAGCCGCCGGGCCUUCCUCACGCGCCUGGCGCGGUCCAAAGGUUUCCGCAUCCUAGAUGCCUACAGCUCAGAGGUAACACAUGUGGUGAUGGAGCAGACCUCAGCCAAGGAGGCCAUCUGCUGGCGGGAGAGCAUGGAUGCUCGUCUUCCAAGCUGCCCCCAGCCAGCACUACUGGACAUCAGCUGGUUUACCGAGAGCAUGGCAGCUGGGCAGCCUGUCCCUGAGGAGGUCCGGCACCGCCUGGAGGUAGCUGAACCCAGAAAGGAGUCCCCAAGCUCAGUGACGAUGCCAGCUUAUGCCUGUCAGCGCCCCACACCUCUCACACACCACAACACUCUCCUCACAGAGGCUCUGGAGACGCUGGCAGAGGCAGCAGGUUUUGAAAGCAACGAGGGCCGUCUUCUCUCCUUCUACCGAGCAGCCUCGGUGCUCAAGUCUCUUUCCUGCCCUGUCAUAUCGCUGAGCCAGCUGCAGGGGCUGCCUCACUUUGGAGAACAUUCCUCUAGAGUAGUCCAGGAGUUGCUGGAACAUGGAACAUGUGAGGAGGUGGAGCAAGUCCGAUGCUCAGAAAGGCACCAGACCAUGAAGCUCUUCACCCAAGUCUUCGGGGUUGGGGUGAAGACUGCCAACCGGUGGUACCAGGAAGGACUACGAACCCUGGAUGAGCUCAGAGAGCAGCCCCAGAGACUGACCCAGCAGCAGAAAGCAGGGCUCCAGUACUCCCAGGACCUGAGCACUCCGGUUGGGCGAGCUGAUGCCGAGGCUCUGCAACAGUUGAUAGAGGCAGCCGUGAGACAGAUCAUGCCCGGAGCCACUGUCACACUGACCGGCGGUUUCCGGAGGGGGAAGUUACAAGGCCAUGACGUGGACUUCCUUAUCACACACCCUGAGGAGGGCCAAGAAGUGGGGCUGCUGCCCAGGCUGAUGGGCUACCUACAGAGCCAGGGUCUUGUCCUGUAUCACCAGUACCAUCGCAGCCACUUGGCAGACUCCGCCCACCUUCUCCGGCAGAACUCCACCAUGGAUGCUUUUGAGAGGAGCUUCUGCAUCUUGUCCUUGCCACAACCCAUACAGGCAGCUUUAGAGGGGGCCCGGCAUCCCUGCCCAACCCCCAAGAGAGCUGUGAGGGUAGAUCUUGUGGUCACCCCCAACAGCCAGUUCCCCUUUGCUCUUCUCGGCUGGACUGGCUCCCAGGUAAGUCUGUGUAAGUCCUGUGUUCCUUGGUGGGCCUGGGCCUGGGGUGGGCCAGCCCAACUAAGGGCAGUUGUCCUUUCCCUGUCUCCCCAGCUUUUUGAGCGGGAGCUACGGCGUUUCAGCCGCCAAGAGAAGGGGCUGUGGCUGAACAGCCAUGGGCUGUUUGAUCCUGAGCGGAAGACAUUUUUCCAUGCCACUUCUGAGGAAGACAUUUUCAGACUUCUGGGCCUCAAGUACCUUCCUCCAGAGCAGAGAAAUGCCUGAUCCCGCCUGCUGGCCGACACACCCACCCAUCCACAAAAAUGUGAGGGGCUGCCUCAUGCAUGACUCGGGAGUGUUUCUAGGCAGAAGGUACAUUUCCACCCGCUGGCCUCACUUGUGUAAAUGGAGCUUUCACAUGCUGGGACAUUGGCAAGGCGUGACCCCGAGUCAGGUCAACUUUCACCCUCCACACUCCUCGGGGUCAGGACCUCUGAGCAGUCCAUAUGUCGUGGAACUGGUUCUGAUCCUGGUGUGAGCGUUGGAUCAGUCCAGCUGUGGUUGCUGUGUCUGCUGCAGAGUGCCCCCUUCAGCGUGCCAGAAAAGAUGCACAUGCCCCUGCCCUGGGCUUGAGCUGAUAGGGCAAGUAUCAUUCUGCUGGGAGGUGCCACACAGAAGCAGGAAGCCUGACUGAGUGCUGUGCUGAGGUAUCUGGAGAAGGAGGCGGCCCAGGACAGGAAUGUCCAGUGCCGCGGCUGUCGGUGGACACCCCCACCUGCAGAGCUGGGUACCAGCCUGUA